CCCUUAAGGCCUUUGGUAGGCACUUUUCCCGUCACCUUGACACCCGCUCAUCACAAAAAAUAGUAUCUUCCAAAACACUGUUGGCUCUAUUGGUGUUCCAAAAACACCUGCAGUACAUUCCAGAAUGCUUAAGCAAUUUUUAAUGUUGAAGCUUAGUUGCACUUGUUCAGCGUGCUACAGUGUUCAGAGGUGGCGUUUGAGUGAAGCCUAUAGUUCAACAACUGAAGGAUACCUGACAUUAUUACUGGAUCACCAUGGCUGGAAUAUACGACGAACCCUGUUUCAUCGAUGAGUUGAAGAGCUAUUUGAAGAGACCAAAUGUGAGUGCAGAGACAGCCAGAAAUGAGCUGGACCUGAUGAAUAGUGUCACUCUUAACAUUGCUGUGACAGGCGAAAGUGGAGUAGGAAAAUCUACUUUUGUCAAUGCCCUUCGGGGGGUCAAGGAUGGGGAAACAGGAUCCGCAGAAACUGGGGUGACUGAAACCACCAUGAUGGCUACAAGAUACACCCACCCCUUCAUGACUAACGUGUUCAUCUGGGACCUGCCAGGGAUUGGGACCCCAAACUUUAAAGCUAAAACCUAUCUGAGAGACGUCAAGUUUGAGACUUAUGACUUUUUCAUUAUCAUUGGAACUGUGAGGUUCAAAGAGAAUGACCUCAUGCUGGCCAAAGAAAUCAAGAGAAGGAGGAAGAUGUUUUACUUUGUACGUUCGAAGAUUGAUCACGACAUCAGCGCAGAGUCCAGGAAAAAAAACUUCAAUGAGGAAAAGGUGCUGAACGAGAUCCGGUUGAGCUGUAAGGACAGUCUAAGGACCAUUGGAAACCCCGAUGUCUUCCUAAUCUCUACUUUUCAUCUGGAGAAGUAUGAUUUUCAGAAACUAAUUGAUUCACUGAUUAAUAACUUGUCAGACCAUAAGAGGUCGGCUCUUGUUCAAUCUAUGCCAGCUUGCUCUCUACCAAUGAUAGAACAAAAAAAGAGAGAGCUCUACAAAAUUGCCAUCGCCGUGUCUGCUGCGGCUGCUACGUCUGCAGCCAUUGCCAUUCCAGGCCUCUCAGUGGGUUGUGAGAUUGGCGUCAUGCUGGGGUUCCUACAGAAGGCCCAUGUUUCCUUUGGGUUGGAUGCAGAAUCCAUCAGAAGGAUCGCUACCCGUAUCAACAAGCCAGAAAGAGAGCUGAGGGUAGCAAUGACCUCUCGCUUCGCUAACGGAAUUAACGAAAGGGUGGUGCUUGGAAUGUUAUUCCACAAGUCCAUGAUAACAGCCAAGGCUUUUGAGGUUGUGUUAAGCGGCAUUGCAGGCAUUGGAAGUCUCGCAGCAAUGGGAAUUUCAUUUACUACCACAUUGCAGCUUUUGCAGGUAGGAAUUAAAGAAAUGACAGAUGACGCUAAAGCUGUGCUCGCUAUUGCACUUACUUUCGAAAACUGAAACAGGACACUGAGGCGCUUGUUUCAGUCGCACGAGUGAAGAGGGUAUGUGCUUUGUGUAAGCGUGAUGUAAAAACUUCCUUUCGUAGGCUAAAUUUAAAAUCCUCGUCUUUUAGCUAAUACCAAUUCCUACCAUGUACACAAAUGCAUGUGUUGUUUAGAUAGGCUAAAUUCAUUAAAUAACUGUAACUUUUAUAACUGUUUCUCAAUCAUUAAUUUAAACAUAAUUUGACAGAUCAUAGUAUUGAUCGGUAAGUUGGUUUCUUAGAAUAAAAUGUGUAUUGUAAUGUUUAAUUAACUAAAUAUAACAUUUCUGUAAUAUGUGUAUAAUAUCUAAGAUGAAAAUGUUUUAUUAUUUGCAACUAAAUUUGGAAAUUUGGUUUUAUCCUGUACAUGUAAGCAUUUUCUGAUAAUAUGUGCUAAAUGCAUUUUUUUAUUUAUUUACUGUCAACCCAGUAGAAGUUUUAGGUAAUAAAUAUAAACUAGGCUAAACAUUUAUUAAUCAUAAUAUAUGUCAUAAUUAUUUUCCCAUAAUGUUGUUACUUGGCACAAGUGAUAAAGUUGGAUGUAUUAUAUGUCCCUUGUUAAAAGAAUUUUUGCAAG